UUGGGUGAUUUCUCUCAGAACACGGCGCGACUGACAGACGCGGCCGGUGUGCAAUGGGAAACACGUUGCUGACCGGGCAGAAGAUUGUAUGCGGCCAUACUGACCGCACUCACCUUCGGCAGAAUCUUCUAUGCGACCGCUUGUCUCAACCAACAGCCGAGAUGGUCGACGCCCUGCUGUUCCUGCAAGAUCACAAAGCAGAUCUGCAGAACAUCGGCGAGACUCUCACACAAGACGAGGGGCUAAGAAGGCAUGCUACGAAAGAAGUGAUGCUGGCCACUUGCUUCUGUGUCUUCUUCGAGUACGUUCCUGUCACCGAGAGCAGCGAUGCUAGCCGAGUACUCGCGGCUUUCUCAGGAGCGCUCAGUCGACCAGAUGAGUUCCUGCAGGAUCUGCUGACCCUGCGGGCACAGGCCGUGCCAAAGGCCAAGAUUUUCCGCCUGCAGCCCUUGGUCCAUGAGGCGGACAUCAACGGCACGGAUUCCAGAGGAGUCCUAGAUUCGCUUUCUGCCUUCGCUCGCGCAGCUCUGGAGAGUGCCCAGAUCUACAGUGAGAUACGAGAUGCAGUAGAUGCAGGACAGCUUGAUCGACAGCAGGCAGCCAACGUGCUGGAUAGCUUGGAAAGUGACCAGAGGAGGAUGAUGAAUGCCAUGGACACUGUGCAGGAGGCGACCUCCCCGUGAUCAUGGCUUCUCUCAGCUUAGCCGAAGCUGAGAGGGGAAGCGCCAUUGGCGUCAAUGGCGGGGGGAUGCGGUGAGAAAGUGCUGCGUUGGCAUGAGAGUUUGGUCUUGUUGCGAUAUCCGAAUGUUGGCUGUGCUCGAAAUGUCCAGGAAAGAAUAUGAUCUUGAGCCA